UCAUCUCAGAGCGACGGCGGAGGCGUGGUCCCGGCCCCGGCAGCCUGGCCGGGGAUCAUGGCCGCCGUGGGGGAGUCCAGCCAGCGUCAGCCCGAUGCCCACACGCCGGAGACUCUCGCCGCCCCGGCCGCCCGGGAGGUGCUGAGCGGCGCCCUGCGCUCCCUGCCCAGGCUGACGGGGCAGCUUAACCUUGGAGAUGAUGUGGUGAAAAUUGUAAUCGAUUGGAGCAAGCUUCAAAGUACUUUGGCACUCCAGCCUACAUUGCUCUUUAGUGCACUUCAGCAACAUAUUUUAUAUUUGCAGCCUCUUUUAGAAAAACUCCAGUCAAUGAUUAAAGAGGACAAUAUAGUCCCUGUUGAAGAUGCAGAUAAAACAGAAGGCAAGAAGUUGGAUACAAAUUCAAAGUUAUCUGAUAGUAUCUCACAGAUAGAAGAAAAAUAUACAAGUUAUGAUUCAGGAGAUCUGAAAGAGGCUCCUAUUAAUUUUGACUCAGAGGUGGUCCAGAUAAAAGCUGGAAAAGCAGAAAUUGACAGGAGGAUAUCAGCCUUCAUUGAGAGGAAACAAGCUGAGAUCAAUGAAAAUAAUGUCAGGGAAUUUUGCAAUGUUAUUGAUUGUAAUCAAGAGAACAGCUGUGCCAGAACAGAUGCAGUUUUCACACCUUAUCCUGGAUUUAAGAGUCAUGUAAAGGUUUCUAGAGUUGUGAAUACCUAUGGUCCCCAGACUAGAUCUGAAGGAACACACGGGUCCAGUCAUAAAGCAAGUAUCCUGCUUCGUGACUGUGGAAACCAAGCAGUAGAGGAAAGACUGCAAAACAUUGAAGCUCAUUUACGGUUACAAACAGGUGGUCCAGUACCUAGAGAUAUUUAUCAGAGAAUUAAAAAGCUUGAAGAUAAGAUUCUUGAGUUGGAAGGAAUGUCCCCUGAAUAUUUUCUAUCUGUGUGACAGGAUUUCAGGAGAUGCUGGGACUCCUUUCUUAAUGACACAAGACGUUCCAGCACCCUUGCAGAGCCAAUCCCUUCUAAUUGCUGUUCUCACAGGAGGGGAAAGGGGAGGAGAGAGCAAAGAGCCAUGCAGCUCAAGGUGGUUCCACUGUCUCCAGUGAGAAAGAUGGACAGGAUGAUACUUCUAUUCCUCUCCCUCCCCUUCUGCAGCACUGAGCUUGGAAUAAGGGGGGAAUGGGGACCCCACUGCACCUCCCCCAAUCUGGGAGGGGGAGAGAGGACCCUGCUGCAGCUUCCCCAAGCCUGGGAGAGGGGUGUGAAGAAUCCUAGGAGCAGCAGAAGUGAGGCUAAUGUGGGGAGCUGAACUGAGGGGGACUGAUUAAUGGUAGGGGGCCUGACAGGAGCUGAAGUGAUGUUGGGAGACAGAAUUAAUUACUGGGCAAGUUAUGGGGAGAUGGGGGUGAGAUCUUUUGUAGCAGGGGCCAAAAUCACCUUUCCCAAUGAAUUUGGGAGUGUUGGCAAAACUAAUUAUCUCUCACAGUGGGAAUUGGCAGGGGGAGGCUCAAAAUAGACUGAAAAAACAAUAUAAUCUUUGUCUGAAAAAUGACUAUCAUUUUCGAGCUCUUGAAAUUGGCAAUACUGGAAUAGGGAAGGGAUGACAGACAGUAGCAUGGGAAGAUAGAUAAAUUGCUUGGAGAUUAGCCAUUUUGUGUCAUUCAAUGCUUUUUUUAAGCUAGUCUCUUCAGAUCAAGUUCUGUCAGUAAGUGUAUAUUUGUCUCUGUGAAAUAUGGAAAAUUAGCAAACAAAUGUAAUGCUUCCCCCAGCACAACAGUGCAUAGUUAAGUAAAAAGAGUAUAUAGGUGCAUCAAAGACUCUUCUAUUUUUGCACUAUAUGAAAGGCUUAAACCACAGUGAGAAACAGUAGAACUGGCUUCACAAAAAACUAGCACAUGCACAGACUGAAACUGGAAAAGAUGUUUCUCUAAUGCCCAGUUUGAAAUUGAUUAGCUUCAAGUUGACUGUCUUUAUAAAUACAUAGAACUGCUAUUGAGAGGGAUUCAAAACUUCAUGUAAUAUAGGCCUUUUCAACAAGUGUCUGAUUCUGGGAUCCAGUUCUUUAGUUUAACUCAUAUUUGAAGUUCCUAGCCAGUAAAACACACAUUUGGGCUGCACAUUAAACUUUCAAUUUUAAUUUAUCUUUUUACCCCCCUAGGGGGCUUCAGCUUCCCAUUGGAAAUGUAGGAGAGAGCAAUCUGCUUAGGGUAGAAGCUACAGAGGAUGGAGGCAAGUGGCUCAAAAGUGCCCUGCCUGAAGGCUCCCUUCUUUAGGAAAGGGAAUCCAGGCCACUGAGGAGGUUUGUAGAGGCAGAAAUCCUGCAUUUCAGAAGGGGGCAAGGGACAUUUGCAGGGGACUGAGAAGAAGUAGAUACCCAACAAGGCCAUCUGCCCUGUUUAAGGGGGAACAUAAGAAUGGCCAUACUGGUUCAGACCCGAGGUCUGUCCAGACCCACAUCCUGUCUUCCAAAAGUACCAAUGUCAGGUGUUUAGGAAGGAAAGACCACAACAGAUAAUCAAGUGAUUCAUCCCAUUGCCAUUCCCAGCUUUUGGCAAACAGAGGUUUGGGAUACCAUCCCUGCCCAUCCUGACUAAUAGCCAUUGAUGGACCUAUCCUCUCUGAACUUAUCUAGUUCUUUUUUUGAACUCUGUUAUAGUCUUGGCCUUCAACAUCCUCUGGCAAGGAGUUCCACAGGUUGUCUGUCAGAGAGAGAAGAGGCCUAGGAUUCAGCUGUUACCCUGGAGCACUGAGGGAGCUGCUGAUGGGGUUGAGAGUGAGGGUGUACUGAGUGGACAAAGGAGGGAAUCCUGCCUUGGCUGUUACUACCUGUUAAUUACCUUGGGAAAAUGUUUGUUCUUCAGUUCUCCUGCUCUCCCUCCUGUGUCACUAAAAUGGACUGGCCCUCUCCCCUGGAUUUUCACUUCCUGACUGAAUCUCUCUCCUAAUGACACCAGCAGAAGAGGGAGCCUUCUGGUAGAAAGAGUAAAACAGCAAUACUUUAAAUUUUAAAUGCAGCCCUACGUUUUUACUUGGAUUUCUCUGUGCUGUACAUGGAGCUACACUUUGAGACUAUUUGGAAAUUAAAGGUAGUGCAGGAGGGAGCUUUCUGCUUAACAUGUUGAGUUUCCCCACACAAAGUGCUUUGGGAUCUUCUUUGGGUACCAAUAGGUGUUUGGGUGGAAUUUACCGUAGCAGUGGUACAGCUAGUGUAGGUCAGUGCCUAGACUGCCAGCAGUAUAUUGGUACUGUGUCUGCAUGAAUGUUUGCACCAUUGAUACUAGCAGUGGUGAGAAACACUAGCAUGGACAAGGCAUCCACUAAAUAUCAAACUACCCUAUUAUCUCUAAAGGCGGCCUUCAUUUAGGAUAUGAUUCGGGUAUACAGGCUGUGCAGCUUAAAGAAGUUUGAGCAGUUUCUGGCUGUUCUCUGAAAAAGCAGUAGGUUGUUUGAUUUUUGCCUGGGAUUUCUCCCACCCCUAAAAUUCGCUUAAUUUUAGAGGAUUUCUUGGUAUGUAUGGAAUGGUCAGUGUUCCCUUCGGUGCUCUGAAGAGUUACUCCUGUAUCAGUGAUAAAAUAGAGCUUGUAGCUUCUAGACUUCGGGGGGAGGGAUAGCUCAGUGGGUUGAGCAUUGGCCUGCUAACCCCAGGGUUGUGAGUUCAAUUCUUGAGGGGGCGAUUUAGGGAUCUGGGGCAAAAAUCUAUCUGGGGAUUGGUCCUGCUUUGAGCAGGGGGUUGGACUAGAUGACCUUCUGAGGUCCCUUCCAACCCUGAUAUUCUAUGAUUAAGGAAUCCUCUGUGGAUGCUAUAUUAAUAGUGGUGGAUUAGCUACUGGGCCAAUAGGGCCCCAGAAAAAUGGGCACCACCAUCCCACUCAUCAGCUGGAGCACCAGGCAGGAAGGACAAGACCCCAGGGUAUGGGGAAAAGCAGGUGGAAGGGGUAGGGAAGGCCCCCCCACUUGCUCUAGCCUAGGAUCUCACAACACCGUAAUCUGCCUCUAUAUAUUAAGUCUGUGGUUAAUCUUUAUUCC